UUGGUCAACCAAUCUCCACACACAAACAACAUGAAGAAACUUCCCUUCUCACUUCUUCUCAUUUUGCUACUUGAAAUAACAAUUUCUGUUGACUCUCAAAAUCCAUCACUCUUGCAAUUUGUGCUUCAAUGGCCACCAACUUUCUGUAUUCAACUGAAUUCUGCACAAACACCAGGCAGGUGCAAAGAACCAAUUCUUCAGCAUAAUUUGACACUCCAUGGCCUUUGGCCAGCAGAUCAAGACGGAUAUAGCAUUAAGUGCCCUGAGACACCAGAUCCAAAUUGGAAUCAAAUUUUUACAAGAACAGUAGAAAAUCAACUCAUGGCAUUUUGGCCACCACUUAGAGAAAACGCCCAAAAUUGGGACCUAUGGAAGCACGAGUGGCGCGACCAUGGAUCGUGUGGAGGAACAACAGCACAAGUAUACUUCAACACAGCAAUAAAGAUCAACAACAUGCUUGGAAAGGGCAACUUGUUCAAUUACUUGAAAACAAGUGGGAUUAUUGCUUGUGAUAGCUUGUCUUUUGCUAGAAAAGAUAUUGUUCAGGCUGUCCAAAAGGUGUUUGUUGUAACACCUCCUUCUCCUCCUCGUGCUCCUCCACCGCCUCCUCCUUGUACUCCUCCUCCUCCUCCGCCUGCUCUUAAUGUUUACCUCAGAUGUAUUCCAAUUGAUUCAACAAACAGAACUCAUGUUUACUUGAGUGAGGUUAUCUUGUGCACUAAUUUGGCUGGCACUAGUUUCAUUGCAUGCCCUACAAAAGCUGCUCCAACAAGCUGUUCUAGUGGAGCUAGGAUUAUGCUACCUCAUCCAAAACCUCAACGGCCAUGACCGCGGAGAUUUCAUGAAGAAAUAGACGGGACAUAUCUUAAGUUUGAACGAUCAUGGACUAAAUAUAUAUUCAACGGUUGAGAUUAAUGUUUGGCUUAGAAUAAAUAAAUAAAAAAAGAGACAAUGGAAUAUGAUGUAGCUAAUGACAUGUAAGCAUAAUGCACACUCACAGAGUGAAAAUAACUUAUUGUCUUGAAUAAAAGUUUUAUUCUAUUCUCUCUUUUAA